UCGUGUUGAUUUCAUAUAUACAUUAAAAGGAUAUCUUUUGGCAAAACAUGAUUUUAUUCAGUUCAACCCCCAUUCAGCUCUAUAAGGACAUCGCCUGAGUAAGUGGAGGUCGCAGUAGUACGCAUGGGCGUGUUGGAGAUAGUGGGGCAGGGCUGGAGAGCGCUGGAUGCUCUUCACGAGCGCACAUGUCGAGCGCUUGAUGUGCAGAGGAGAUCUUUCUCUCUCUGGUGACCACCCGGAUCUCCAGAGCAGGUUUAAGCGACUUUUCCCCGACUUUAACGCCAUUCAAGUUUCUUGAGUCGUAGGGCGGCUCUUCAUUAAUACCCUGGCCUUGUUAACUCCGGGUUGGUCCGAGCGGGACCGUGAAAGCGUCCGUGGGGCCAGGCUGCGCGAGCCGUGGACCUGCCCCGAGCAGCGGGCGCUCAUGGAGGGAGACAUCAUGGACAAACUCGGGGACAUGGCUUCGGUCUACGAGUUCGACCCGCUGACGGGGAACAUCCCCGCCACCAAAGUGGAGAUCACAGUUUCGUGCAGGAAUCUUUUAGACAGAGACACAUUCUCCAAAUCUGAUCCACUGUGUGUAAUGUACACUCAGGGUGUGGAGACCAAGCAGUGGAGAGAGUUUGGAAGAACAGAGGUGAUUGACAACACGCUAAAUCCCGACUUUGUCAGGAAGUACAUCUUGGACUACUUCUUUGAGGAGAAGCAGAACCUGCGCUUUGAUUUAUAUGAUGUUGACUCUAAAAGUCCUGAUCUUUCCAAACACGACUUUCUUGGGCAGAUGUUCUGCACACUGGGUGAAAUUGUGGGGUCGCCGGCCAGCCGACUAGAGAAACCUCUUGGGGGCAUAGCGGGGAAGAACUGCGGCAAUAUAAUCUUAUCUGCUGAGGAACUGGGGAACUGCAGGGACAGUGCAACCAUGCAGUUCUGUGCCAACAAAUUGGACAAGAAGGACUUUUUCGGCAAAUCUGAUCCCUUCAUGGUCUUUUACAGAAGCAAUGAAGACGGCACCUUUACGAUCUGCCAUAAGACGGAGGUGGUGAAGAACACCCUCAACCCUGUCUGGCAGCCGUUCACUAUUCCAGUCAGAGCUCUCUGUAAUGGAGACUAUGACAGAGCAAUCAAAGUGGAAGUGUAUGACUGGGACCGUGACGGCAGCCACGAUUUCAUCGGUGAGUUCACCACCAGCUACAGAGAGUUAGCCCGAGGUCAGAGCCAGUUCAACGUUUAUGAGGUGGUAAAUCCAAAGAAGAAGAUGAAGAAGAAGAAAUAUGUAAAUUCAGGAACGGUGACACUGCUGUCGUUCUCGGUGGAAUCAGAGUCGACUUUCCUCGAUUACAUCAAAGGAGGGACCCAGAUCAAUUUCACUGUGGCCAUUGAUUUCACCGCCUCUAACGGAAACCCUUGCCAGUCCACGUCUCUACAUUACAUGAACCCCUACCAGAUGAAUGCCUAUGCCCUGGCACUGAAGGCUGUGGGGGAAAUCAUCCAGGAUUAUGACAGUGACAAGAUGUUCCCUGCACUGGGAUUUGGAGCCAAGCUGCCCCCCGAUGGACACGUGUCUCAUGAGUUCCCCCUAAAUGGCAAUAUUGAAAAUCCCUACUGUAAUGGUAUUGAGGGGAUAUUAGAGGCAUACCAUCAGAGUCUAAAGACUGUCCAACUAUACGGACCUACUAACUUUGCCCCUGUUGUAAAUCAUGUGGCCAGAUAUGCAGCUGCUGUCCAGGAUGGCUCGCAAUAUUUUGUGCUCCUCAUAAUCACAGAUGGGGUUAUAUCUGAUAUGUCACAGACCAAAGAGGCCAUCGUGAAUGCUGCCAAGCUUCCCAUGUCCAUCAUUAUUGUUGGGGUUGGACAGGCUGAAUUUGAUGCUAUGGUCGAGUUGGAUGGUGAUGACAUCAGGAUUUCCUCAAGAGGAAAAUUAGCAGAGCGAGACAUUGUCCAGUUUGUGCCGUUCCGGGAUUACAUGGACCGGACGGGAAACCACGUGUUGAGCAUGGCACGACUGGCCAAAGACGUUCUGGCUGAGAUUCCUGACCAGUUCAUUUCUUACAUGAAGAGCCGGGGAAUCAAACCCAAUCCGGCGCCGCCUCCAUACACACCGCCAGGACACACACACCACACACAGAUCUGAGCACACGCUCCCAAACCUGCUUUAACACAACAGGUCCUCUCCCUGGACUCGUGGGCUAGCUGUGCCGGAGCUUUUAUGGUGGAGCUCCCUGCAUCACCGUGUGUUUGAACUCUCCGAGACACUUUGAGGUACAGUGGUGUUUGUUUGUGCCAUUUACAUUUUCUGCCCACUUGUUUUUGUCCUCAGAAGGACAGUGUGGUCGAAGAAUCUGACCCAAGGGCAGCUUUUUUGUUCGUUUUGUUUAAAAAUAUCUAUAUCUUGGCCUGUGACUGUUUCUUAUUUUGUGGAUCAGUUGACAAGGGAAUGAAGAGCAGGAGGAGGAGGAGGAGGAUAUUUGUGGUUUCAACUUGUGCCUGUCUGUGAUCGUCUCAGUGAACCAGGACAAGUGUGCCCUAAUCUGACAUUUGACCUUACUCCAUAUUGGUAAACUAGAGUGUGUGCUUUACAGUGACGUUUUUAGAUUCGUAUCACUUUCAUUUCGUAUCAGGUCAGGCCUGUGUCAGCUUGGGUUUAUUAAGUGAAAAAAAAAAAAAAAAAUCAUUUCUAUUCUCUGUCCGUAUCCAUUAUGGUUUAGGAAAGCAUGCAUGUAUGAGAAAUUAAUAACUUUGUUCCUAUCCAUGAAUGGCGUGAUGAGAGAUGUACUAUUUUCGCAAAACUUCACAUGGCACCUGCCUAGAAUGACUGUAGAAGCACAACUUGCAUCAAUAAUCAGCAUUAUUCUUGCUCACGUGCUUCUCUAGGAAUGCUUCGUGGCCAUUUUGGUCAGUUGAUAUGGGUCCUCUCUCCCUCUCGGGCAGAAAUGAGGCCUGGAGUGUGCUCAGAAUGGUGUCGCCCACUCAACUGUAGUUCAUUCACCAAUUCAAUUUUGUCAAGAGGCUUUUAAUCAAAUAAGAGUGCUUGAUGUAUCUGUACUCUGCCAGUACAGGGCUGAAUGGAGGAGCUUUUGUAAUUGAGCACAUUACAGUGCUGCCUGGGUGUAAUAACCACGAGCAUUUAGCCCUGUGACUGUAUGGGGCAUUCAUUAUCUCCAGAUGAAUUUCUGCCAACCCACAAGGCAUAGAGCAUCAAAGCAUUACAGUCUUUUCACCCAUUCACCCAUUAAUGCAUUUUCUUUUUUUUUUCUUUUUUUUUGUGGAAUUGAUCGAUUUGUAUUUACUGCACACAAUAUUAUUGCAUUUUAAAUGUAAAAUUUGCAUGAUUUAAGUAAAUUAUUCUAUUUAUUUUAAUACAGAUUUUUACACAUUAUAUACUAACAUUAAUAUUCCACUGUGUUUC